AUGCCCUAUUGGCUGGCGGAGGCCUACGAUGUGCUCAGCGACCCUAUGAAGAAAGGAGUCUAUGAUAAGUUUGGAGAAGAGGGUCUCAAAGGUGGGAUCCCGCUGGAGUUCGGCACCGAGAACCCCUGGACCGUUGGCUAUGUGUUUCACAACAACCCCUACAAAGUCUUCAAGGAGUUCUUCGGUGGGGACAACCCCUUUGCGGAGUUCUUUGCCGAGGAUGGCUCGGAGCCGAACAUGGCCUUCGGAGGGCUGCGAGGACGAGGCGUGAGGAAGCAAGACCCCCCGAUCGAGCGGGAUCUCUAUCUCUCGCUUGAAGACCUAUUCUAUGGCUGCACCAAGAAGAUCAAGAUCUCCCGCCGGGUGAUGAACGAAGAUGGUCAGACGACCACCAUCAGAGAUAAGAUACUGACAAUCGAUGUGCAGCCGGGCUGGAAGCGGGGCACCAGGAUCACCUUUGAAAAGGAAGGAGACCAGGGCCCGAACAUUAUUCCAGCCGAUAUCACCUUCAUUGUCCAAGAGAAACUCCACCCCAGGUUUAAGAGAGCAGAUGACAAUCUAAUUUACGUAGUCACCAUCCCCCUGGGAAAGGCGCUGAUCGGCUGCACGGUGGACGUGAAGACGCUGGACGGGAGGCUGCUGAACAUCCCCAUCAACGACAUUGUGCACCCCAAGUACUUUAAAGUUGUGCCAGGGGAGGGGAUGCCGCUAUUCCAGGACCCCGCACGCAAAGGCGAUCUCAUCAUAUAUUUUGAUAUUUCCUUUCCCAAGCAGCUCACGCCUGACAAGAAAAAGCUCUUGAAAAAUGCCCUCCUCUGCUAGGGGGACGAGCAGAUAUCUCCCCCUCUCCCUCCCCAUCCCUUCCCAACCAAUAAAGCUCUGUUCUGUGUGUCAGGACUAGGGCUACUUCCAGCUAUCUGGCACCCUACGAACGCAGAGCACCUUGGAGACUGGGUUUUUCCACCAGCCAGGCUCCCAUCCACAUG